CAUCAUAGCCAAAGAUGCACCGGUGCCGCUCAACGGCGGCCCUAUAGUAAUGAUCGGCUCGGACGCUAUCGAGAUCUCAGAGGCGAGAACAGGACGUAUCAUUGAGGUUCGCUCGAACGGGUACCUCGCGUUGGGUGCACCCGUGAGCAUCCGAGCCAGCGGAGGAGCGAUGGAUCAGCUCGUAGUGGAAGAACGCCGCGCGGAGGCGAGCGAACAACUAGUGGUAGAGGAGCCCGGCGACAACACAGCAGACACGGCGGAGUCUGCUGUGGCAAUCAUGCCGCAAGCUAACGAACAAUAUAGUGCGCAGAUUUUCUUCAAGGAUCUCAAGACAAGGUUUUCCGUUGUACCAGAGGACGGUUCCAAGUUUGCAGCGAGAGAACUAGAGGUCGGCGAUGGAGAGAAGUGGGAGCUAGUUUGAGUAGAUGAUAUCUGACUUGGGCAUAAAAUCAGCUGCACAGUGUCGUUCAAAGAAGAAACUACCUACAGACGUCGUUUGUAUAGC